AUGAAGCAAAUAAAAAGUCUCCUAGCCAUGGUGCUGGGUGUCAUUGAGCGUAUUAUCCAAUACAUUAUUGGCGUCGAUGAUAGCAAGUUGUAUUCAUUGGACCAUGCCAUUCUUAGCAUGGAAGUUCCCCCUAGAAGCAUGUGGAUGAACAUGGGAUAUUGGAAGAAUACGAGCUCUUUCACUAAAGCUUGCGAAGCACUCUUAGAACAAGUCCUCAUCGCUGCCAAGCUUCUCAAUGAAGACGGUACACCCAUCAAGGCAUACCACCAGGAUAUUAAACUGGUUGAUGUCGGGAUUGGCUGCGGCGAUCAAUCUCUAUACCUAACGAGGAGACUCUGUAGGGUCUGUACUGACUCCGUCACUACUGCCCCUUCCAGUGGGAUCAAGGCAGCUAUCGACAACAAUAGCGGCGCCCAUAACAGCAAGAUGAGAAAGAGAGGAGGGUCAAGCACUCGCGAAAGCCGACCGCUGUUCGACUCAUACGUGGGCGUGACUAUUGAGCAACCUCAAGCGGAUUUUGCUCAAGAAAGACUCUCCCGGGAUACCACAGGAGAUUCCGAAAUUUCUGCAGAAUGGACACCGGAUGUGAAGAUUUUUGCCGCCGACGCAGCGGAUCCUUCAUCUUGGGGCAAUGAACUUCGGCAAGCUACUCUGGGCAGCUCUGGUCAUGCUGAAAGCAAGAGUGAAGCCACUAGCACGGAUACGGGGAGCGAGAAGACACAAAGAUGGCUGUUAGCCCUCGAUACAAUGUAUCACUACAAGCCAUCUCGAGACCCGUUGCUUAACCAUGCAUGUCGAGAUAUGCGGGCUUCGAUCAUGGCGUUCGACCUUCUGAUCUCUGAAUCCGCAUCGCUCUGGGAAAAACUAGUUCUACGAUUGAUGUGUCUUAUAUCCGGGAUGCCCUAUUCGAAUUUCAUUACGGAGGAGGAAUACGUGAAUAUGCUGGUCCGGGCUGGGUACGAGCGCGAUAUGAUUGAGAUGAGGGAUAUCUCAGAGCACGUCUUCGCAGGUAUUGCGAACUACAUAAGGAAGCAAGACGCGGAGCUUAAGCGAUAUGGAAUGACCGUGGGCAAGUUUAAGAGCGCCGCGAAGGCAUUCAACUGGUGGGCAAGGACCGGGGUAUUGAGGGGGUUUGUGGUGGUAGCUCGCGCCCAAGAGUAG